AUGAGUAUGACCUUACGAUACCACGACCUCGCUCCUGAAUCCACCUCAACCUCAGUCUUCUACCUCUCAGAUGCUGUCGUUGAGUUGCGGGGACAUUUGAAGGGAAAGGAAAAUAGUGGCUACCUGAUCGUGGGCGGCGGCGGCGGGGGCGGCCAUCACGGACCAAGCUCGUCAAGCAUCGCCAAUCAGGCUGCCGCUCAGGCCACCGCCGCAGCCGCAGAUCUGAAGGCCGUUUCUCAGGCCGCUGCGUCUCAAGCUGCGUCUCAGGCUGCGGCCACAGCCUCCGCAGCGGCACAGUCUGCCACAGCCGCAGCUGCUCAGGGACAGGCUCAGGCUGCGCAGAUCACGCAGGCCGCGCAGGGAGCGCAGGCUGCGGCCUUCGCCGAGUCUUCGCUGUCCAGCCAGGCGAGCAGCGCCGUUCAGUCUGCCGAGAACACCUACAACACAGCCGUGGCCUUGGCCAAUGCCCUGAGACACGCCCAGGCCGAGGCUCAGGCUGUGGCCGCGCAGGCGCUGCAGGCUCUGCAGGCAGCCCAGGCGGUGCAGUCAGCACAGCAAUAA